AUAUAUAUAGACUGUAAAGCAAUGUUUGGGGGUGUCUGCCCUGCCAGGUGCGGUUUGCAGAGUGCCUGAUGUGGAUGGGGUGUGAUUCCCAUCCUGGGCAAUGAUGAACCGGUCAAUCCAAUGCCUGGAACCCAACGCUGAUCAGUUACAAACCAAUUCCAAGAGCACAAACUGCAGCACAAAGUUGAGCACUCAGGAGCAGGAGAGCCAGAUCACAGCCCUGGGAAUCUCUCUCUCGGUUUUCCUCAGUCUCAUCACUCUGGCUAUUGUAUUGUCCAAUGCUUUUGUGGUCAUCACCAUCUCUCGGACCAGGAAGCUGCAGACCCCUGCUAAUAUCCUGAUCGCCUCUCUAGCUGUCACUGAUCUCCUGGUCUCCAUAUUAGUGCUACCCAUAAGCAUUGUGUAUACGGUUAGUGGGACCUGGACUUUGGGACAGAUAGUCUGUGAUAUCUGGUUGUCUUCAGAUAUCACCUGCUGCACCGCAUCCAUCCUCCAUUUAUGUGUGAUUGCUUUAGACAGGUACUGGGCUAUCACUGAUGCUGUCGAGUAUUCAUCCAAAAGAACCCCCAAAAGAGCAGCUGGAAUGAUAGUCACUGUCUGGGUAAUCUCCAUUUGUAUUUCCAUGCCACCUAUGUUCUGGAGACAAUCCAAGGCGGGCGAGCUGACGCACUGUGUGGUCAAUACCGAUCAAAUCUUCUACACCAUCUACUCCACAUUUGGCGCCUUUUACAUCCCAACUUUGCUGCUUAUUGCCCUGUACGGGAGGAUCUACGUGGAGGCACGCUCUCGAAUACUGAAGCAGUCGCCAAAGAGGACGGGCAAGAGGCUGACCACGGCUCAGCUGAUCACUAACUCACCAGGAUCCUCCUCCGUGUCUUCGGUGAACUCAAGGGUUAACGAAAACUCCGGCGAGACAGGCUCUCCCGUUGUUUUGAACCACGUCAAAGUUAAAGUUUCUGACACUCUUUUGGAAAGGAAGAAGAUCCUGGCGGCCAGGGAGAGGAAAGCAACAAAAACUUUAGGGAUAAUCUUAGGGGCUUUCAUUGUCUGCUGGCUUCCAUUCUUUAUUAUUUCGCUGGUGGUUCCCAUCUGUAAGGAAGCUUGCUGGUUCCAUCCUGCCAUUUUUGACUUCUUCACUUGGCUGGGGUACCUGAAUUCACUGAUCAAUCCCAUCAUAUACACCAUGUCCAACGAUGAUUUCAAACAGGCUUUCCAGAAGCUGAUCCGAUUUAGGUACUUCACAUCAUGAGCUCAUCUUAAAAGUGCCAAGUCUGAUUGCUGAAGCGCCUCUUUACCGCUAUUAGCCCCAAACCUGCUGUGUGUUUUGUUUCUUACAAAAUUAUAUGAAACAUUAAGGUGAGCCAAGCGGUAGUUUGCUCACACAAUUCUAGGAGCUAUUGGAGGUCAGUUUGGCUAAUCUUUUACUAUUUGGUUUCAUAACAUACAUAUUGGUUCUUGGGCGAAUGCCACAGCUGUGUGUGCUAUAUUGUAUGUUGGUAUAUAAUAGAGCAAGUCUAGUCACAACACAGUACCUUUUAUUCAACUGACUCAGAUCGGUCCAAUAGAAAGUAUCUUAAUAUGCUAGGUACUUGUAAUUCAUCACAAAACAAUGACAAUCAUAUUUCGGUUUUAUCUUCACAUAUAAUGCUCAGCAUUAACAUCUUUCGGAAUUAUAGAUGUUAUCACAGAAGUGAUCUUUGUUUGAUGUGAGACACUAAUUCAUGCAGUGCAAAGUACAAAAUGAAUCCUGUUUAUCAGGGGGCAAAUGAUCUAAAACUGGACUAUUAUUAUUAUAAAGCCGCUUUUCUGGAAGUGAUCUGGUAAUCAGCAUCAAGCCUACCAUCAGUGUAGGGCAAACAGCGUGUGUGCAUUUUGGCUAAUGUUAAGCCCUUUGAAAUUUUUUAUUCUCAAAGCUUCCCUCGGCUCUGUGGAUUCAAGAGAUUGCCACUCAAAAAGCGAUAAACCAGAGGACAAGUCAAUUAAUAGCAUUGUAUUAUCCAUACCAAAACAAUAUCAGCUAAAACAAAGUAGAUUCAUCAUGCAAGUGAGGUAAAGUUAUCCUGUAAAAAUAAACAGUAAAGGAAUUAACAACCACCAUUCUAAACAUCAGUGUUGUGGGGGUUUCUCUCUCUCUCUCUCUUCCUUUUUUCUCUCAGCUUCAAAUGUUGCAAUGUGGUGUCAACCUAAGAUUUGACUGAUUAUAAAGCAACAGAAGGGCAUCAAAAGGACUUACAACUUUAAAAAUACAUUUUGUUGUAUCUUGGCUUUAUUUUGUUUUAAUUCCACUUGCUAAAGGAAUUAAAUAUUCACUAAACGUAAUAGUUUAAAGUAACUAUUCUGUAUUUAUAAAUGCAUUUUAACCCAUAAUUGGGAGAAUAAUUAUGGCAGUUUGAAUUUCAGAAAUUGUGUAAUUGUGAUGCAAAACAAGGGUUAAUAAAUAACCUACAAUCCUGCUUUUAAUAAAACUUUGUUCAAUCUAUUUAUCUGCAGUAUAAAAAUCAAAGAAAACAGAAAAUACUCAGAUAUAGUGAUAUUUAUGACACUGUUAUCAAUGUCGUGUUUGCAUCGUUUUAAAAUGUUUGGUUUUUUUAUUUUAAGAUUAGCACCUUGAUUGUAUAUAAAUCAAAAUUUGUUUAUAUCUGUGGGCUUUGGAAAUCAGCAUUGUUGCUAACCCUAUUUUGAUGCUAACCCUUGUUUUAUUGUAUGUGUAUUUGAGGAUGGGCAAGGCAUCACUUGGAAUAAAUAUCUUCAGUCUAUAUUCAGUCGGAAUUAUCUCAAUUGCAUUUUCAAAUUGCCAAGAAUAUAAAUCUAUACAAAUUCUGUUGGCCAAAUUCUCAAAAAUACUAGAAAUCUUAACUUUCAGACAUUUAGAGCACCUGCAAAAUGAAAGAAAAGGAAAGCAAGUUAAUGGGUUGAUUUGGAACAGUGAUUUGUAUUUUUGGAUCUUAUGAAAGACGUAACAAUCAGGUUUGAAUUCUGUAGUUUUAAAUGGCAGUGGGAAAAAACUUACAUCACACUGAGUACUGUAAAAAAAUCAUUAUGUUUUAUCUCUGCUGAGCUUCUUAAAUAUAUGGGUUAUAUGCAUUAUUACAGAAAAGUGUAAAAUUACUUUAAACUGUUACCAGUAAAUUCUUCAUGCACUAUUGUGUAAUAAAAGGAAACUGCAAUGUUUUGCAUGUAAAACAUUAGACUGGAGCUGUUCAAUAAAUGCUGA